ACCAACUCAGUCCAGUGGCAGGUCGCGUCAAAACCACUUUUUCUGUUCUGCUGUGCAUGACGUGUGGUCGGUCCGUACUACUCAAGGUGGCACAAGCAGGUACUUUGGCGUAUCGAUUAGCUGCGGUCGUCCAGUUGAGACAGGCCAUUCGUCUUGUACGGUUCGCGUUCCGGGUAGUCGUCGUGUUGUGGUGGUGACUGAAUGUUCAUCGCUGAGUUGCUCCCUUCCCCGGAUCUAGUGGCAGUAAUUUUAUUCGUCCACGGUGGUACCACCGCAGUUUUCGGAGGUCCUUUUCUGGAAGUGCAGUGAUUACGUUGUAGUUUGGCGACCACCGCCAGUUCGUAUCGGUACGCCUCAAGUCCUCCUGCUCUGUUGGACACGGUGCGCGCGUGGAAGAAGAGUGUCAGAUUUGCAAGAGUGUGGCUCCAAAGUUCAAGUCCCCUCGAUGGUUUUCCGUUCGUUCGGGUUGACUGCGAGCUGAUUGAUAGAGGCGAAUAUUGUGGCUAAUCGAUUCCCCAAAGAGGUUGGAAGGAGCAGUUCGCUUGGGGGAAAAAGAAAACCCACAAGAGUUGACUCGGAUUUGGUGUGUUACGGGCGGAUUGUACAACAAGUGCUGUGUCACUUCCCUCUUCGGGUCUGGUGAUGGUAUUGUAGUGAAAAGCAGGAAGUUAGAGAUAGGCAAGUGUAUCUCUGGCUCCAGAAGCGAAUUGAAAUUAAUUUCACCUUAUUAUCUACAUUUUCUUACCGAAGAAUCAAGUGUGAAGCAAAGAAGAAAGCAAGUACAAGAAAGGUGAUCGCGCAAUAGCAUAGGUACAUACUGCAACGUGUAUCUAUCGCGAGCUAGUAGGUAUCGAGUGCGUUCUAAGUCUGCUGGAGUGGAAGGGGAGUGAAUCAUAAGUUAGACCACGUUCCGCAAGCAACAAGAUAGCUGAAGACGACGGGAAAUGGCACCCAGUUUGAGUAAGAUUGCAGGAGGCAAUCGGAACCUGGCGAUAGCGAUUGCGGGUUGCACGGCUGCUACCUGGAUCAUUCUCUAUGGCAAGCAGGUCCACAAGGCACGAAAACAGCGACCCGAAGAUGAAAUUCAGUAUUUCAUCAGUGAUAAGAAGGAAAAACGCACAACGAAGGCACACGUUAAUUCCAUAUUUUUCAAGCAACUCCGCGAAUUGCUAAAAAUUAUCAUUCCGAAGAAAUGGAGUACCGAAAACGGUCUCCUGUUGGUGAUAGCAGCUUCGCUGAUCGCUCGGUCCAUCAGCGACAUCUGGAUGAUCCAGAACGCCACGGCAAUCGAGAGCACCAUCAUCACGAUGAACGAAAGCCAGUUCCACACGGCGUUAGUCAAGUAUCUGGCGGCGCUUCCCGCUAUUGCGGUUGUUAAUAACGUACUGAAAUGGAGUAUUGGUGAGCUGAAGCUUAGGUUUAGGACCAAUAUGUCACAAUAUUUAUACGCAGAGUACCUGAAGGGAUUCACCUACUACAAAAUGUCCAACCUAGACAAUCGAAUAGCCAACGCCGACCAGCUGCUGACGACCGACAUCGACAAGUUUUGCGAAAGCGUUACCGAUCUCUACUCCAACAUUUGCAAACCCCUGUUGGACAUUGUGAUAUACGUGUACCGGCUGACUACCAAUCUGGGCGGUACGACGCCGGGCAUCCUGCUGCUGUAUCUGUUCUUCUCCGGGGUGUUCCUGACCGACUUGAGGAAACCGACCGGUCGACUGACGGUUAUGGAGCAGAAGCUGGAAGGAGAGUUCCGAUAUGUCAACAGCAGGCUUAUUACAAACUCGGAAGAAAUUGCCUUCUACCGGGGUAAUAACCGCGAGAAACUAACCAUAUUGGCUAGUUUCAACAAGCUGGUGGCUCAUAUGCGCAAAUUCCUCGAGUUCCGUGUCGGAAUGGGCAUUGUGGACAACAUGGUUGCGAAGUAUAUUGCUACCGUGGUUGGAUUCUAUGCCGUAUCGCUGCCGUUCUUUGAGAAGAACCACCCGCUGCUGACGGGCGAUCAAGCUGGCGAGCGGUUGAGUAGAUACUACACAUUCGGACGGAUGUUGGUCAAACUGGCGGAAGCCAUCGGCCGUCUGGUGCUGGCCGGACGCGAAAUGUCCCGCCUGGCUGGCUUCACCGCUCGGAUGACCGAGCUGACGGUGGUGCUGAAGGAUUUGAACUCCGGACGGUACGAGCGGACGAUGGUCAGCAAUUCGAGUGUGGCCGACGCCGAGAUUGGACCGGGCAAGGGCUUGAUGAAGUUCCAGGACAACAUCAUCCGGUUCGAGCAUGUUCCGCUGGUCACCCCGAACGGUGACGUGCUGGUGAAGGACCUGAACUUCGAGGUCAAAUCCGGCAUGAAUGUGCUGGUUUGCGGACCGAACGGAUGCGGCAAGAGCAGUCUGUUCCGCAUUCUUGGGGAGCUGUGGCCAACGUGGGGUGGAAAGGUGACCAAACCACCGGCCGGAAAGCUGUUCUACAUCCCACAGAGACCGUACAUGACGCUGGGAACGUUGAGGGAUCAGAUCAUCUAUCCGCACACGCACCAGGAGAUGAAGCGACGUGGCCGGACGGACGCCGAUCUGCAGGCCUAUCUGGAACUGGUCCAGUUGUCGUACCUGCAGGUUCGGGAAAAGGGCCUGGAUGCGAUUGAGGAUUGGAUCGAUGUGCUGUCCGGUGGCGAGAAGCAACGUAUCGCCAUGGCCCGUCUGUUCUACCACAGCCCGCAGUUCGCCAUCCUGGACGAGUGCACAUCGGCCGUGUCGGUGGACGUCGAGGGAAGCAUGUACGAGUACUGCCGCAAGGUGGGCAUCACGCUGUUCACCGUGUCGCACCGGAAGUCGCUAUGGAAGCAUCACGACUACUAUCUGCAGUUCGACGGACAUGGCGCGUACGAUUAUGCCCCCAUCGACGGCAGCGAGCAACAGUUCGGUUCGUGAAGAGGCGACGCGUCGGAUGAGAUUCGGCUAGGUUUAGAGGUAUGCCAAGCACAAGGUCUUUCCGAGAGUUCGAGCCUGUUCGAGAAGCAUGAGAGGUGUUCGUUAUGAACGAAUGCCCGAUUAAUAGGUGAUAAGUGGUUCCAGGAUGAGGUGCAGGAAACCCGCAUAGGUGUAUGUAUUGAAAUACAAUGAAGGAAAUCCAAACUUAGGCUAUUACUAGUAGACAUUCUUUCCGAUUUAAACAAAUUCAGAAUGAUUUUUUUGCUUAAAAUAUUUGUUUAUUGGCAGUCAUACUUUUGUUGUUUAAUGAAUAACUGACUAUUGUGUUAAAUGACAAAUAAAACCAAUAAGUUGCUUUAGUA